AUGCCGCGUCCGCACCACAGCACUCGCGCUGAGACGCGCUGGGCGGUGCGAAUCAUUCCUUUGUUCAUCGUUGCCGUUCUAGGCGUGGCCACCUACAGCGUCGUUGCGAGACUGUGCAUCAGCUACCUCUACCACAAGAAACACCAGUCCGGCGUUGUCACGGCGUUCCUCGUCCUUUACUUUCUAUUCUUUCUAUUAAUGGCCGCGGCCUAUCUACGAACAUUCUUUGCAACCCAACUGAACCCAGGCCUCGUGCCCCUUUCCUCCCGCGAGCAGAUCGAGCGCGAAGCUGCCGAAAAGCUGCGAAAGCGAAGACACAAACGCAACCGAGAUGUCGAAGAGAGUGCCUACGUGCCCCCCGACCCCAGCCCGGACAGCCCGGGGCUGGAAGCCUUCUACAGCAAGGACGUUUUCGUCUGCGAGGUCGACGGCCGUCCUAAGUGGUGUUCCGAGUGCCAGCAGUGGAAGCCGGAUCGUUCGCACCACUCGAGCGAUCUGGGCCGCUGUGUGAGGAAGAUGGAUCAUUUCUGCCCGUGGGUUGGCGGCAUAGUAUCUGAGACGUCCUUCAAUUUCUUUACGCAAUUCUGCCUCUACACUGGCCUCUUUUCUGCCGUGAACCUCGCCGUGGGAGCGUAUUCUUUCCACCAACACCAUCAAGAUGGGGAUCCAACCGACGGAUGGGCCCUCGCCGUUAUUGUUCUUGCAUGCGUCUUUGGCACCUUUACCUUUGGCAUGGCGCUUACCUCGAUUCGAUUCAUCUUUCUAAACACCACAAACGUCGACAUGCUUAAGAGGUCGCAUGUGGUCGUCUUGGCCGUCCGCAUCCCUUUGUCUACUCCGCCAUCAAUCAAAUAUCCAGUCGUUGUGUACCCUCUCCGCGGGCCACCGCACCGCCCCGGAUCCGAAGGCCAGCAACCCAGCAGCCAGUAUGGCACCGUCUCUGCCAGAGAUCAGCAGGCAGAGCGCAAGUUUGCCAUCCUCCGGACGAAGCCGCGGGAAAACCCGUGGAAUCUGGGCAUCAAAGAAAACUGGAAGUCCGUCAUGGGAGACAACAUCAUAGAGUGGUUGCUCCCCAUUCGUCACUCGCCGUGCUGUAACCACGAAGGCAUGGAGAGCGAUUAUAAGCUUGGGCCUCUGAUAUCAAAAAUAAGAAAACGAUAUGGAGCUCCCGAGCUUGAGACUCCCACUCGCAGUGGACACGCCAUCGAAUUGCAGGAUAGAACUAGCCGGCGCGCCAGUGAUUGA